AUGGCCAGUCAGCCGCCAGAGGAGGCGGCCGAGUCUCAGGUCUCGGACGAGCUGGAGUGUAAGAUCUGCUACAACCGGUACAACCUCAAACAGAGGAAGCCCAAGGUGCUGGAGUGCUGCCACCGGGUGUGUGCCAAAUGCCUGUGCAAGAUCAUCGACUUCGGGGACUCCCCGCACGGCGUCAUCGUCUGCCCUUUCUGCAGGUUCGAGACGUGCCUGCCGGACGACGAAGUCAGCAGCCUGCCCGACGACAACAACAUCCUGGUGAACCUGACCUGCGGCGGCGGCAAAGGCAAGAAGUGCCUGCCGGAGAACCCCACCGAGCUGUUGCUGACCCCCAAGCGGCUGGCCUCGCUGGUCAGCCCUUCCCACGCGUCCUCCAACUGCCUGGUCAUCACCAUCAUGGAGGUGCAGCGGGAGAGCUCGCCCUCGCUCAGCUCCACGCCCGUGGUCGAGUUCUACCGGCCCUCCAGCUUCGACUCGGUGACCACUGCCGUGUCGCACAACUGGACCGUGUGGAACUGCACGUCCCUGGUCUUUCAGACGUCCGUCCGGGUGCUGGUGUGGUUGCUGGGCUUGCUCUACUUCAGCUCCUUGCCCUUGGGCAUCUACUUACUGGUCUCCAAGAAGGUCACGCUGGGGGUCGUCUUCGUCAGCCUGGUCCCCUCCAGCCUCGUCAUCCUGAUGGUGUACGGCUUCUGCCAGUGCGUCUGCCACGAGUUCCUAGACUGUCUGGCACCGUCCUCUUAA